UUUAGUGCGUGCACCAGAUCAGAGAAUAUACUGAGACAUAACAGACAGAGAGAAAGACAUAUAGACGCACUUUGCUAUUCUAUCUGAACGCUGAAAGGAUAGGAGCGCAUUUAACUCUGUAGGUGAAAUGAGUUUGACUGACAGAACAGAAUAUUUUGGCGACAGUCCUUUAUAUUUUACAUAAUCCCCAUACAAAGUUACAAUGGUAGACGGCGGAUAUCUUAAACAGAUUGAUUGUCAACAUAGAAGGCGUGGACGUGGCAUGGACAGAGCAUUAUAUGGCUUAGUUCGUGAAGAAAACUGUGGAUUAUAUCGCAAAGUGCAAUACUUACAGUGAAGAAACGGAUCUGCCUGACGGUCAUGAGGAUGGCCUCUUGGGAAGAGAAUUUGGGUCAGCCCAAUCGCUCUGUUCUGGAGAUGGAGGAGCCACCGGACCUGUCCAGCUCCCUCUUCAAUCUCAGCAGUAGUUAUGGGGGCACAGGGGCUUUCCUCUGGCUGUUUCCAUCAGAGAACAUCACAUUGACCACCACGAGACCCACAAUCCAGCCAGUUGCCCCUCCACAUGUACGGGACCAAGCCUUGGCCCAGGCAGAGAUCGGGGUGCUGGGGUUGGUGCUUGCCCUCACCACUCUGGGUAAUGGAUUUGUGUUGUGGGUGUUGCUGCGUAGGAAGAAACAUCACGCUCCCAUGCACCUCUUCAUGGUCAAUCUGUGUGUGGCUGACCUGGUAGUGGCCUUCUUUCAGGUGCUGCCACAGCUGGUGUGGGACAUCACAGAGCACUUUCAGGGCCCUGAUGCUCUGUGUCGCUCUGUCAAGUAUUUGCAGAUCGUCGGGAUGUUUGCAUCCUCUUAUAUGAUUGUUGCCAUGACUGUGGAUCGGCACUAUGCCAUCUGCUGCCCCCUGCAAGCGUAUCGCGGAGGUGCACCCUCCCGCUGGAACACCCCCAUUGUGGUUGCGUGGGGCCUGGCCCUUGUGCUCAGUUUGCCACAGGUGUUUAUCUUCUCGCGAUCAGAGGUGUCCCCUGGGGUGUUCGAAUGCUGGGGCCACUUUGCUGAGCCGUGGGGUCUUAAAGCAUACGUCACCUGGAUGACUGUGGCUGUAUUUGUAUUGCCAGCCUUUAUAAUCACUGUCUGUCAGGUUCGCAUCUUCAGAGAAAUCCAUGACAAUAUCUACCUGAAGUCUGAGCGGGUGGUGACAGCAGAAUUUAAGAGGAACUCUGUCUUCUUCCACUUUGCUCAGCGGGAGGGGGGCAGGGGAAGGAGCAGAGAGAGGAACAGACAGAGCAGACACAGUCAUCAUGCUGACAGCAGUCUCAGUCAAGCUCACUGCAGCCCCUCACAUCAUGCAGGAGAGGAAGCGUGCUCCUCAAGCCUUUAUCAUAGCUACCCUCAUACUCUACCCUGUAGUAGCUCUAUCUGCGAGCCUUGCUUUGGGCCCCGCCCCUCUUCAGACAGCUCCUCCCCUUCUGUCCAAACUCACCUGCAAAUCACCUCCAACCAUCUCUCAGACCCCUCCCAUUCUCAGUCAAUAUCAGCCAAUAGCGUGUGUGCAUUGGCUGAACACCCAAAUAGCUCUGGAGCUUCUGAACUGUGGCCAGGUGUACUUCCAGAUGCUUUUCCCCUUCCGACCGACUAUUCGCACCCGCCGCCUCUCCCAGGUGUGACUAAGGCCAUGUCUAAGACAGUGAGGAUGACUCUUGUCAUUGUGCUGGUAUACACCAUCUGCUGGUCUCCUUUCUUUAUUGUUCAGUUAUGGGCAGCCUGGGACCCCAACCCACCAAACCAAGGGGCUGCUUUCACUAUCCUGAUGCUUCUAGCCAGUCUAAACUCCUGCACUAACCCAUGGAUCUACACAGCCUUCUCCAACAGUGUGUCCCGUGAGCUGUUUGCACUGCUGCGCUGCCACACCGGAUCCCCACGCAGAGGUUCGCUGCCGGACGACUCAACCACAACUCACACAUCAACCAACACCAAGGACUCUAUGUACUGACCUCUGGCCUGACUCUACUGCACACACACACCACAGACGUGACAGGCUAUACCCUGUCCCAAAUGCCACUCUUUGCCUAUGUGUUGAUAACAUAAUAGUGCAUAAACUGACAGGCAGUUCUCCAAAGGGCGCAGUAAACAUCUUUUUAGUAUUUAAAAUUACAAAUGGGAUGCGCUACGGUCUUCAUGGACAAGUGCCAAUAGCACAAGUGUGCAAAAAGUGUGCCGUUUGGUACGGGACUGGGGUAAUGUCCUGGCUACUUUAGAUUCAGGUUCAUGGUGGUUACACAAUCUGAAAAGCAGACACUGAUCUGUCAUCGACAGUGUUACAUCAAUUACAAAGACAAAAUUCCAUUGCCAUGCCUAGUGCAUUUUACAGACAGCUGUCUAUUCAGUUACAUGAGAGCAGACUGGAGUGUGACGAAUCAGGAGGAAGGUUAGGAAGCAAAGGAUCAGAGGUCCUCCAGUCUUCUCCAUCUUUCUUUCAUGGACGGUUUUCAUAGAUUAGGGUUGCAGAAUUAUAUCAGACUUUACAGUACAAAGUUUGGAAAAGAGAAAAAAGGAUGUGAACAAUGCAUACAGAAUGGACAAAAGGUUAUCUGGCUGUACUCCAGACAGCUUCAGAAGACCAGCGGCAAGAUGCUGCAAAUGAGAGCCUCAGAAGUUUAGGGGAACAUAUCCACCACCAGCGAGAAUGUUAUGAAAAUAUCAGCCUGAUUGUGGGAAUCAAACACAGUGGCAGCUUAGUGACACAGCAACUUUCCGAAUCAUAUUUAAUCUAUAUAUCAAAUGUAAAGUGUUCAGAAGACACUGUAAAUUUAAUUGGUCUAUAGUAUUAGCCCUUAAAUUAUUAGAAGUGCUGGCAGUGGAUGUUGUUACAGUGGACAGAAAUCUACAUUUGACCGCAGAAGGAAAUCUCAUUUUCUGUGUUGGUCAUUUUUGUGGAUUAAUGUACCAAAGCAAAGACAUUUUGUGGAAUGCAUUUCAGUACAACCAAUGCUAUGUACAUAUCCUCACAGUCCUUGGAAAUCCUUGUAAAAUCAGUGGGAAAAAAAUAGUAUUUAAUUUUUUUCUUUUUAUAUGCUUUGGGUGAGAAAUAACUUUUUUACAGAAGAAACAGGGUAAUGGUAAAUGAACAGCAAUACACAGGUCAAUUUCCAAUCUAAUCACUGUAGUAGGUAGCAAAAUUUCGAAUGUCACAGUUGAAAUCUCUAUUAUGUAUAUAUGUACACACUAAUCACUCUAAUAAUUUGUCACUCUUUUAGCUCUACCUCUGGAAUCAGGGGACCAUUCACAUGCUUCAGAGUAACUUAUUUGUACAGAAAAUAUUAUAAAUAUAAUAAAGAAGUGUUAAAGGUUUAAGGAAAAAAUACUAAAUUGCAACUUAA